CAAUUUUCUAAAAUCUGAAGUUGGCAACACUGACUGUAUCCCAACUGUAUUUCUCUGUAAUUUAAUUUUGUUUUUAUAAUUAGAAUCGGUAAUUGCUAUAGAAUAUGGCAUUACAUUUCGAUAGAAGUCUUCUGUUAUUAAAUUCAACACAAAAUACAUCAUUAAGAAAUAAACGGACAAGACAAUUAUUACAGAGAGAAGACACUUUAAAUUUGUCACCGAUACUCAAUGAAACAUCGAUAUUCAAGAAUUUAAAUGAUACAAGUUUGAGACAAGUUCUGGACGAGUCUUCAAUAUUAGUUAAUUCGGGAAAUGCCGGCGAAGGAUUGAGUGAAGCAUUCUUUGAAAUUAUACAAGCGAGUCGCUCGAGUGAUGUAUUGGACACAUUGGCGAGGUUAGCUCAAGUUUGUUGUGAUUCUCUAGAACUAGUAGAGCCUUGGAACCGGUACAAUGUUCAUAAUUACUGGUUGGCUGAGGAGGCGAAUACAUGGAAAUUGCUUCACUGUCUUUAUGCAGAUUCUAUUGCGGAACAUCCAGUGAACAUUGAGAGCUUAAUAACGGACCAAACAUUAUCGCAACAGACCCUUGUAGAUGCAUUAUAUCAAAGUGACGCGGAGAUACGUUUGUUACAAUUGCUUGUGGAUUGGCUGGAAGCAACGGCUGCUUAUCAAGAAGCUGCCACUAACACAUCUGCACCUGUUAUUGGGAAUAAUGUCCAUUGGAGUAACACACUACAUCAAUUAUUAGUUGGAACCAGUUUAUUUAAUAAAGAGAAAAAUAAGGCAAUGAUAACCUCUAUGGACCCAGAUGCUCCAAGACGUCAAAAAAAAUCAGUACACUCUGAUGAUCAGAAAGAUGACAAUGACCUUUGUAAGAGGAUCUUUACUGAAGUGAGAUGUGGAAAGUUUAAAGAGGCGGUUUCUCUAUGUAUAAAUGCAGGUCAGGCAUGGCGUGGAGCAGUACUACAAGGUUGGAUAUUGCUGCAUUACUUGCCAAGAGAUGACCCUAAUGCACCAUUAGAAAUUAUUGGUAACCCAUCUAGAGAUUUAUGGAAAUGGUGCGCAUUGAAUAUAGCUAAUAAUACCACAGAAAAUGUACACUAUAGAGCUACCUUAGGAAUAUUAUGUGGUCAUCUUUCUAGCGCAAUACCCGCUUGUCAGGGAAAUUGGGAAGACUUACUAUGGGCUCACUUGAGAGUACAAAUUGAGGCAAGAGUUGAUAGAUUUUUACAUGAACACCAUAUUACUGUUGAUGCCAAUACAACUACAUCUGAGGUUAUGGACCUUUUACAGUCUGAGCUUACAACUGAAUUAUUUUCCUUACAGCAACUUUUCAAUGCUGUUAAAGCUUUAAUGGAUGGCAAAAAGGAGUCACAUUAUCAAACCUGCCAACGUUAUUUAAUGCUUGGCCAAAUCAGAGCCAUUAUGCAGGAUUCAUUGGAAUGGCUCGAAAGUGCUGAAGAAAGGUUCAUAAGAUUUUUGGCACAUUUAAUUUUAGUAUUGAGACAAAUGGGUAAAGAUCCUCUACAUGAUGUUGGGGACAAAAUUUUGGAGAAAUAUAUAACCCAAUUAAUUGAUAAGUUGACUGAUGGGUCAAUUGAAUGUCCAGAACUUAUUGCUUAUUAUACUUCUACUGUGCCAGUUGAUAGACAGAUUCUAUUAUAUGCAGAAUUGAUGGAUCACAUCCAAAAAAGUGAAUAUAGGGAAGGUGUUGUCAGUGCAGGAUUAAAUGCAGGAAUUGAUGUUGCAGCUUCAUCAAGGGUAGCAAUAAAGAAGGCUAUAAUGGACAUUCAACAAGGUUAUGGGAACUUGGAUUUAACAUUCACACAAACUACAGCAGUUGAAAAAGAUAAAACUUUGAUCACUAAAGUGAUAUCUUCUCUUGAAUGGCUGUCACUGAUUCCCAAUCAGUUUAAGGAAUCUCUCUGGCUCAGCAAUGCCAUGAUAAGGACAUUUAUAUUCAUUGGAAAUACAGAUGCUGCUUUAGAUUGCAUUGGUAGGGUCAAUAAGAUGUAUCCCGACUUCAUAAAUAAGGCUGAAAAAACCUUUGCCGAGUUGAGAGAGCAUUUAUGCUUGAAAUCAUAUCUGGAUGCACUUGAUAGUUUUGCAACUUGGUACAGACAUUUUAUAAGUGGCCAACCUAAAGAUGUAGAGCCCUUACCACCAGAUGCAUCAUUUUCUGAUAAAGUGCAUCAUGAACAAAGAUGUGCUCAAGUUCAACAGCAAAAGGAAAGAUGGUCUAAUGCAUUAUUGCAUCAGUCAAGACAUACAAAGAACCUUCUUUACAAUGUAUUACUGUUCCCUGCAGGAUGGCUACAGGAUGAGAAUGAACGUGAAACAUUUAAGAACUUUACUGAAGAAGAAAUACAGGAGAGGAACAAACAACUUGAAACUUUAAGACGUCUUUGUAUUCCAGAAGUUGUAAUUCUAAUCUUAAAAAUUUUGCAGAGUAGUGAUGAUGUUGAUAACCACAAGGAAGCAUUAAGACUAAGUGAUCUAAUUGCUGCAGAUGACAGGUGUCUGUUUGAAGUAUUUACAAAGUCUAAACUCAUUGAAGUUUUGGACAGAAUCAAAGAAUCAUCACUUUUUUUACUGGAGAAAGGAAUGGAUAUGUUUGGUUAUGAAGUUAAUGAUGAAUAAAAAUGCUUUAAAUAUCUCAUAAAUAAAUUUUGUAUUAACAUUG